GCGAUCACUUCCAAGCUUCGAUGUCGCCUCUCGCUUCCUCUCUCUUCUACAUCGCUUCUAUCAGUCGCCCUCUCGCCUAAUACAUUCGUUCGAGCCCAUCAUGAGUCUCAAACGCCCUCACGAUAGCGCAGAGUCGAGCAAGAAGAAGUCGCGCUCAAGCGCGCAUGGACUCGCGAGCAGGGACAAGGGUCAGACCUCCUACCAACGACCAGCGGUUACACCCGCCCCCGCUCGAGCACCAGAGGCCGACUUUCCUCGCGGAGGAGGUAGCGGCUUGACUCCUUUGGAACAUGCUCAGGCACUGCGAGAAGGUCGAGCUGAAAGAGCAGCAGCCGCGGAUCUGUUCACCGAGAACAGCAAGAAGAAGAAGAGCAGCAGCAGCAGCAGCAGCGCCUCGAGCGCUGCCAACGCUAAUGGAGUGACUCGAGGAAAGAAGCAGGGAGAGUCGGAUGAGGCUGCAAAGGCGAGAAGGCGGAAGGAGUGGAGAGAAAUGCGAAAUGCGAAAAAGAAAAAGAGUUUGGUGUUGGAUCACACGAGGCCAGGCGUUGCUGCAGACGCUGAUGAGGAGGACCGCACCAGGGUGGAGCAUCUCAAUUACAAGCGACUCUCACCGGGCUCUAGAAUGCUCUGCACUGUGCUUGCUGUUCACCCUCUUGCUCUAGUCGUCUCGCUGCCCAACCAGCUUCUUGGGCACAUUCCUCUCACCAACAUCUCUUCCAUCCUUAACGAGCGUCUCAAGGCGGGAGCUGAGGAGAGCGAUGAUGAGGAGAGCGACGAGGAAAAAGAUAGCGAAGACGAAGACGCGCCACUUCAGCGCUUGCAUUCGGAUAGCGAGGACACAUCAGACGAUGGUAGCGCUGAAGGCGCGACGAGUGCAAGUAACGGGUUGCCCGAGCUUCGUGAUCUCUACAAGGUUGGUGACUGGCUCAGGGUGUACGUGGUAGCUAUCAAGAACGCAGGUGCAAAGUCAUUAGGAAGAGAAGGACAAGAGUACCAACGCGAUGCGGGGCGUGUAGAGCUCAGUCUAGAUCCCGCUCUCCUCAAUGAUGGCAUCACACCGCAAGAGGUGCUGCCGAGCGCAGUGCUCUCCAUCGCUCUCAAGACCAAGGAAGACCACGGAUGGACUCUGGACUCUGGUAUUGCGAAUCUAACCGGCUUUGCUGCGAUUUCGGAUGUGCCCGCUAGUGCCGAGGUGGGCCAGGUCUUCACCGCUAGCGUCAAAGAGUUUCAGAAGGGCUCAAGAGUCUUCACCGCUAGUUGCCAUCUGAAAGAAGUCGGAAAGGCAAUGCUAGGCGCCGAAACGGCCCCUUCGCUCUCCAUGCUCAGCCCCGGCAUGCUCGUCUCGGCUCUCGUUACCCAUGUGGAUGAUGAUGGUCUGUCCGCCAAGCUGUGGGGAUUGUUCAACGCUUCUAUAGAUGCUGCUCAUCUACCGCUUCCACCCAACAAGACGAUGGAGCAGGCAUAUAAGAUCGGCUCCAAAAUCAGGGCUAGGGUACUUUGGGAUCUGGGACCCAACGCUGUGGGACAAGAUCCGGCAGACGAUCAAGACUCUGCCGAAAAGCAGGGCGGAAGAAAGUUGGCGCUCAGUCGCGCGCCGCACGUGCUUGAGCUCAAUUCCCCACCCGGCUUGGAAGGAUAUCCGAUCGGUACGAAACUUUCGGUAAAGGUCGCGCAUGUGGACAAGGAGUGGGGAUUGUCGUGCGAGAUUGUCGAUGGUGGCAAGAACGCACCCAAGACCUUUGUGCACAUCAGUCGAGUUUCCGACGACCAUGUCGUUGGUUUGUCUGCAUCUUCUGGACGCUGGAAGGAGGGGAGCCUGCACGAAGCUAGAGUGAUCGGCCACGCGCCCACAGACGGCAGAUUGUUGCUCUCUUUGCAAGCGAGCGUGCUCAAAUAUACCUUUAUGCGCGUAUCCGAGCUCGCUGUUGGCUCAGUGCACAAGGCUGCGGUGGCUAGCAUAGGACCAGGAGGCAAUGCCAUCUUCUUGGAUCUGGGAGGCACCACGCACGGAGUUGUCUUCCCUCUGCAUUUCGCUGAUGUGCCUCUUCGCAAACCGGAGAAAAAGUACAAGGCGGGCGCGGUCGUAAAGACUAGGAUCAUUGGCGUGGAUCCUACUCGCAACCGCAUCAGCUGCACGCUCAAGAAGAGCUUGGUCUCGUCGGACCUGCCUAUGAUCGCCGCGCUGCAAGAUGCUAGGGUAGGUGUCGUCACUGUAGGAACGGUCUCGAGGUUCUUGGAACCAAGGGCCAGUACGAGCAGUGCUGCUGGCAAUCCAACCGCUCUGCUAGUCGACCUCCUGGGCGGGCUUAGAGCGCUGGUGCCUGGUGCUGAAGCCAAUGACGGAACGAGCUUGAACAGCUCGGGCACGUCGCUCAGAUCUACCUACUUUGAAGGCAAAGUGGUCAGACUCAGAUUGACGCAGGUUGACUACUCUACCGGACGAAUCACUGCUUCUAUCCGACAGGCGUCUCCCAGCUACUUGGCUAGACUCGAUGUGGACGCCGUGUCGCUUGGCGACAAGGUCCAAGCGCGCACGGCAGCUGUUCAUACGGACGUCGUCGUACUCGAAUUGCUACCUUCGCGCACGAGAGCGCUCUUGAGCUUGCAAGCUCUUGCGCAAGAGCGCUCCAAGGACGUGGAACAAGUCAGAUCAGAACUGCAAGAAGGUGAAAUUAUUUCUGAUCUGGUCGUGGUGGACAAGAACAAGGACAAAGGUCUCGUUAUCCUCGGCAACUCUUCCGCCAGACCCAAGUCGUCCUCUUCCGGUGUCCGGGAAGGCUCAAUCGUCAGCGGGAUGGUCGUCACCAGGGGAAGGGAGCCUAACGUCGCUUCAAUACUUCUACCGAGCGAUGUGAUGGGCAGUCUGCACGCUACCGACUGCCAAGACGACUUUCAAGAGGAUCCGCUCCCGAAACACAAAACAAAAGUGGAUGUGGUGGUGCUGGGACUGAGAGGCAAGGACAAGAAGCGUGCCAUCGUGUCCAUGCGACCGUCAGAGCUGGCCAAAGCUCGUGCGUCAAAUACCGCAGAUGCCAGCUCUGCACGUGAUCUUGCCUCGGAAAGCUUGGCGUCCAUCAAGGAGGGAGAUCAACGAAAAGCAUACGUCAAGGCUAUCGCUAAUUCUGGCCUGUUCGUCGAGCUGGCCAGAAAUGUUACGGCGAGAGUGUUGAUCUCGGAACUCUUCGAUGAAUACGUGCAGGAGUGGAAGGCUAGAUUCAAAGUAGGCCAACUGGUAUCUGGCACGGUGACUAGUAUCGACCCCGAGACGCAUAGAAUGGAAUUCUCCCUCAAGUCGGAACCGGGCAGCAGUACAAAGAGCAGAAAGGAUGCCGCGGCUCGCAAGGAAGCGCAGUCUGUCGAGAAGCUCAGCUUGCAGGACCUGGAGGUGGGACAGAAAGUGGACGGCUUUAUUCGAGCGGUAGCCGAAUUCGGCGUUUUUGUGCAGAUUGAAGGGACGCGCAUCAGUGGGCUUGCGCACAAGACCGAGUUGUCCGAUAACAAGGCGGCAGACGCUCUCAAGGCUUUUAGCGUCGGGGACAAGGUCCGCGCAGUCGUGCUCAAGAUCGAUUUGCCCAAGUCGCGCAUCUCUUUUAGCCUCAAACCUAGCUACUUUGACCAGGCAGACUACGAAGAAGAAGAAGAAGAGCAGGAGGAGGGCGACUCUGAGGAUGAACAAGAGGCUGAGAGCGAUUCGAGUGAUGUCGAGAUGGACGGGGAAGCGUUCUUGGCCAAGCUGCAAGCUGAGGACGACUCGGAUGAGGAUGAGCGCCUUGAGCUGCACGUGAAUCAAGAGGACGACGAAGAGAGCAGCGGAGAUGCGUCAGAUGGCGACGAGAGCGACGAUGAUGAAAAUGACGACAGCGAGGAGGAGGAGAUUGGUCCGGGGGCCGUCGGCGGUCAGACGAUGGUGGAUGAUGAUGGAGAAGAAUCCUUCUCCGCUUCCGACGUGGACUCUGCUGCCAAGUCCAUGCAAGCAAAGCGCAUCGUGCCAGCCCUAGAGCUUGCUGGAGGCUUCAGCUGGUCAGUGCCACAAGAAGGUGCCCAGCUGCCUGAGCAGCCCAUUUCUGGUUCUGAAGACAGCGAUCAGGAUAGCGAGGACGACGAAGGCGAAUCUGCCGAGGAUGAUGCGGCAGCAAACGGCACCAAGGAAAAAGGCCAGCCAAAGAAGAAGAAGAAGAAGGGCAAGAAGGCUGAUGCUGGGCAAGAAGACUUGACUGCUGAUCUUGCGACCAAGCAGCCAGAGUCGACUGCCGAUUUUGAACGAAUGCUUUUGGGCUCGCCGCACUCCUCUUAUCUCUGGAUACAGUUCAUGUCUUUCCAACUGCAACUGUCCGACGUGGAGAAGGCGCGGGAGAUAGCACGACGCGGCCUAAAGGUCAUUUCUUUCAGAGAAGAGCACGAAAGGCUCAACGUAUGGAUCGCCCUUCUUAAUCUGGAGAACGCGUAUGGAACGAGCGAGACAUUGGACACGGUGUUCAAGCAGGCUGCUCAGGCGUGCGACGCCAAGACCAUUCAUCUGCGAUUGGCCGCAAUCUUGGAACAUAGCGAGAAGCACGAGCAGGCGGAAGAGCUUUGGCGCAGGACUGCCAAAAAGUUUGGCUUUAGCUCUAAGGUCUGGGUAGGCUGGGUGCAAUUCUACCUCAGAAGGGGACGCGUCGAUGAUGCUCGCGGCUUGAUACCUCGAAGUAUGCAAGCUCUGGAGAAGCGGAAACAUGUAAAGACGAUCCAGGCGAUCGCGAUGUCGUAUUACAAGCUUGGCGAGCCUGAACAGGCUCGAACCAUCUUCGAAGGUCUGGUCGAUAGCUAUCCUAAGCGUCUGGAUCUGUGGCUGGUAUACAUUGAUCAGGAGGCCAAGCUGGAUCAGACAUCUACCGUUCGGUCGCUCUUUGAGAGAGUGCUGGCUUUGAGACAAAGCUCAAAGAAGGCGAAAUCUGUUCUGAAGAAAUGGCUCGCCUGGGAACAAUCGAUCGGGAGCGCCAAGGGAGAACAGGCUGUUCUCAAGCGCGCUCGCGAAUGGGCCCAGCAGCUGCAGAGCAAACGUCAAGUCGCAGGCGAAGCGGACGCAGAUCAGAUGAACGUCGAUGAUGAUGCGGAGAGCAUGGGACAGUGAAAGAGCUUCUUCGGUCUGGAUUAUACUGGUCUGCAUGACGUACACUAUGCCCAGCGUUGCGUGCAAUAUGAUUCGAGUCACCU